CCUUCUUUGCUGUGAUGGCAGGGUCGGGCUUGGCUGGGAGAAAAGACUUAGCUACACUUUCCAGGUGUCCUGCGGGAACACGUGUGCUAAUGGACUUAGGUUUUCUGACCACGCUGGGUGGACAACCCACUGCCUUGUCCCCCAGGGUCUGCAGAGGGCAAAGCACCUCUCACUGCCUUCAGUGCCCAGGCCCAGGGGUGGGCGCCUGUGUUCUGGGGACAGAGCUCAUGUAUGUUUGUUUCUUCCAAGGUGCCUAUGGAGCUGGUGUGGCCAGCUGGCAAGGUUAUGAGAACUACAAUUACUACGGGUCCCAGAACUCCACGGUGAGCGCCGGAGCCACAUAUAACUAUGGCCCGCCUUCCUGGGAAGCUGCUAAAGCCAGCGAUGGGGGCCUGGCCACUGGCGGCCCCACCAUGCACAUGGCCUCCUACGGCCCGGGCCAGGACCCAGGCUCCGACAACUCUGACAGCCUCAUCGCCAAGAUCAACCAGCGCCUGGACAUGCUGUCCAAGGAAGGGAGCCGGGGCAGCGGCGGCAGUGGGGAGGGCACACAGGACCGAGAGAGCUCCUUCCGCUUCCAGCCCUUUGAGUCCUAUGACUCCAGGGCCUGCCUGCCUGACCACAACAACCCCUACAACUCUGGCUACGGCUAUGACUACGACCUGGGCACAGACCGCAACGGCGGCUUCGGCAGCCAGUACGGCGACCCCCGGGACCCAGGCCGUGAGCGGGGUGCCCUCGACAGCUUUGUGCGGGGCCGGGGCCAGGGCCGCUUCCAGGACCGAGGCAGCCCUGGCACCUUCCUGCGCAGUGAGCCCUUCUUGCCACAGCCCCAGGCCUCCACGGAGCCGCUGUCUGCUUCCUGGGGCGAGCUGAACUAUGGGGCUGGCAGGGGCCUGGGAGGUCCCUCCCCCAACAGGCCUCCACCACCGCCACCGUCGGCUCUCUUCUCCCAGUCCCUGGCCCCCGACUAUAGCAUGAUGGGCAUGCAGGGGGCGGGCAGCUUCAACAACACCAUGCCCUACGGCUGUGGCCACGCACAGCCCCGGAUCAGGGACCGGCCCCGGUGGCGAGGGUUUGAGCGCUGUGGCCCCGAUGGCCCUGCCCGGAAGCGGCGGUUGCUACAGACUUCUGAGGAGCCUGACGCCAAGCAGCCCAGGCCAGACAGCGACGGAGACUUCUCCGACAACGAUGAUGGAGCAGGCGACUUCCGGUCAGGAGACGAAGAUCUCAGGGGUGAGGAUGAGUUCGGUGAGCCUGGGAAGCAGAGAGAUGACAAGGAUGACGAGGAUGAGGAGGUGAAGAAGCGGAGGGAGAAGCAGAGGAGGAGAGACCGGAUGCGGGACCGAGCAGCUGACAGGAUCCAGUUUGCUUGCUCGGUGUGCAAGUUCCGCAGCUUUGAGGAAGAGGAGCUCCAGAAGCACCUGCAGAGCAAAUUCCACAAGGACACGCUGCGCUUCAUCAGCACCAAGCUGCCUGACAAGACGGUCGAGUUCCUGCAGGAAUACAUCGUGAACAGGAACAAGAAGAUAGAGAAGCGGCGGCAGGAGAUGAUGGAGAAGGAGAGCACGAAACCAAAGCUGGACCCUUUCAAAGGGAUUGGCCAGGAGCACUUCUUCAAGCGGAUCGAGGCCGCCCACUGCCUGGCCUGUGACAUGCUCAUCCCUGCUCAGCACCAGUUGCUGCAGCGGCACCUCCACUCCCCCGACCACAACCACAACCGCCGACUGGCUGCUGAGCAGUUCAAGAAGACAAGUCUCCACGUGGCCAAGAGUGUUUUGAACAACCGACACAUAGUGAAGAUGCUGGAGAAAUACCUCAAGGGUGAAGACCCUUUCACCAGUGAAGCUGCCGACCCAGAAGCUGAGGGAGAGGACUGUCUGGGAGGUGGAGACAAGGAGGAGACCCCCGAAGAGGCUGCUGCAGAAGUGCUCGCCAGGGUGAUCCCAGCGGCUGUGCGGGCCGUGGAUGGGGACGGAGCCCCAGCUCCCGAGUGCUGCGAAGUGCCCCCCGCCACCACGGAGAGCCCUGUGGACACAGCUGAGGCCACCAGAGGCCCUCUUCCUGAACAGCCGGCAGCGGAAGGGACAGCCCUUGAAGCGGUGGCAGAGGAGAAUCCCAUUGUGGAAGCCACACGUGGGGCUGAAGCCAAGGCCGGAGAUGGAGCUGUGGAUGUUGGGGGUGGAGUGGCAGCCCAGGUGGCCCCUGCAGUGCCAUCCAUGGAGGCAGAGAGCCCCGUCACAGGCCUGGUUCCAGACCAAGACACCACCCAAGGCGAGAUGGACCAGACUGACGCACAGUCCAAAGAUGUUCAUGUUCUUCCCACCGAGUGACCCCUCCGCCCUCAGCUCUCCCCUGAAGGACUCAUGCAUUGCUUGCCCUUCUCUGGCUUGUGGGGGCCGCAGUGCUCAGUACACCUCUUUGGCAACCCCACCCUUUCCUUCAGGAGAGUGCCGCCUCCCACUGGACCUGCCGGGGAAGGGUGGGGGCUGCAGAUGCCCCAGGAAGCUCAGCAACCCCCUGCAACUACCUGCUGCACCCCCACCCCCAUGCCCCCUGGGGCAGUUGGGAUACUAAGCGUCGAUAACAGAAGUGAAUGCAACCACUCACAGCCUUCCAUCCCCCCAAUCUUGUUUCAGGGAAUGGGGUUUGGAGCUGCCCACUCUUGGAGCUGUGUCAUGCUCCACACGGGUUGGUUUGGUUUUCCCCACCCCCUUUAGAAUUCCUUGUUUUCGACUCCACAUUGAGCCUCACUCCUUGGCCACCAUCUGGAACCAGGUCUUGUUAACCUGAGAUUGUCAUCUGGCCCAAGGGUGAGCACUUCAGGCCCAGCAGGUCUGGCCUACCUUUCUUACUUGCCCCAGCAAGACGGAGCCCAUGUUCCCACCCCCACGCUCUCAGUAGUUUGGGAUUUUCCCUUUCUUUUUGUACAUUGAUUACUUCCAUUUAAAAGUGCCCAACACAAAAGGCUGGUGUCACCACCGCACAGGGAAAACCAGCACCCCCGGCCCUAGAGAGACAGGUGAGCGCACUCAACUGAACUGCUCUGCUAGUAAACGCGCUUCCUCGGGAGCUUGUCUGGGGCGGAGGGAAGCUGGUGGCACUGAAAGGGAGCAGAAGAAAGGGUGUGCUUCCCUGCACCCCUUUAGCCUGCUGCACACCUCCCAGUCAGAUCUUUGAUGAGCAUCUACCUUGUCCCAGGUGCUAAUUUAUGAUAUCAAUGUCUGAGACCCAGACCCUGCCCUCAGGGAGCCUCCUCAGAGACAAAAAGAUGGAUAUAUGUAUAUGAAAAAGUCAAUCUUAGCUAUCAACCGAAAUAAAACUGCUAGUUCAGUAACA